AUGACGUCCAGCAUCGAGCGUGGUGUACGAAAAGCUGCCCACGCAUUAAAACGAGCCGAACAACGUCGCAUCAAGGAAGGUACUCUGGGUUUUUGGGAAGCAGACGACAAAGAGAAAGUCACUCAAGCAAGAGAACAUGUCAAGAAGCGCCAGCAGGAGAUGGGUGAACAGAAGUCUCGCCUAGAAUGGUUGAGCGAAGACUCAACAUCAGGGCAAUUACAGGUCGAUGAACAUUUGCGUCGUCUCAAGGCCAAAAACGCUGCUAGAUCCCGAGGCAUGUUAGUAGAUGCUCCUACUGCAAUUCCUUACACCGAAGCGACGUCUGAAUUCCUAUACGGCACUUUCGCUGUUCUAGCUGCACUGCAGGCGAAGCGGAGAGCCCUACACAAGCUAUAUCUCUGGUGCGGAGAAGAUGGCAAGCUCAAUGAGGAUGAUAAGGAUAUAACUAGAGUUGUUCGUUUGGCCAAGCUAGCUCAAGUGCCUCUUCUUCGUGUGGCUGGCAAUUGGGACAAAAUGCUAGACAGGAUGUCUGACAGAAGGCCUCAUAACGGUGUUGUACUUGAGGCCGGUCCUAUUCCCAAGGUCUUGGCCAAAGGACUAACUAAGCUCAAGUCAAUAAACAGUCACGUCGAAGUUGAACUUUCUUCUACCAACAAAACUGAAGCAACCGGUAGCCACAAGUUGCCCGUACAAGUACGUCGCAAAAGGUACCCUUUCCUGCUCUGGCUCGAUAAAGUUACCGAUACUGGAAAUAUGGGCGCCAUCCUCAGGUCGGCUUAUUACUUUGGAGUUGAUGCCAUUAUUGUUCCACGCCAUGGCACUGCCCCCCUCUCUGCUGUGACUGUCAAGAGCUCUGCUGGCGCGGCUGAGCAUGUCGAAAUUCUGACCAUUGAUAACGAGAUCCAAUUCAUGCAGCAAUCGCAGCAGAACGGCUGGAAAUUCUUCGCUACCGGUAUUCAGCCGCAGCACAGUCCGACGUCGAUCCCUGCCGAAAGCCCUGACUCAUCAGCUGACCUCUCCAUCGAGUUUGCUCUUGCUUCUCAUCCUUGCGUCCUCCUCCUCGGAAAUGAAGGCACAGGGCUGCGGCCCUUCCUGCAGAAACAAGCCGACCAAACUGUUUCUAUUCAAGGCGCACGCGAUAAAGGACUGAUCGACAGUCUAAAUGUUAGUGUUGCUGCCGCAAUACUGACGAACCGCUUCCUGGUCAACCACAUAUCAUCUGGCAGUACGGCAUGA